GUGAGAGUCAGCCCAGGCAGGCAGAUCGCUGCUCCCCGUCCCUCCCGGGAUGGCCAGAGGCUCCGUGAGCCACAAAGCACCGCGGAGAUGCUGCUCCUGUCCGGCCAUCCACUGCUCUGGCUCUUCCUGCUGCUCCCAGGUUCUACAGCUUCCACAAACUCCUCCACCCCUGCUGGAACAGGUCAAUCCCAACCUACAACACACAGCCCCGAAGUAAAGAACCAAACCUCAGAGCCGACGGUAAAAUCAACACCACCCACCAACCUGAGCCUCACCUCUGUGGGUGAGGUGAGACCUCAGACUACAGCCAAAUCCUCCCCCACCACCACAACAACCCUGACAGCAACCACUGAGCGAGAGGAUAAGUCCAGUGGAAACAGAAGCACAGAAGCUCCUUCUCCAMCACCUCAAGGYCAGCAUCCUAUGAGGAAUGAAAGCACCACGACAUCAGUGACUCAAGRCACCUCAGAGCCUGUCACCCCAACACCGAACUCCUCCAGCCAYGUGCCCGAGCCCAGCCCGACAGAUGAGAAAUCACCACUGACAGUGGCGGCUUUUGGUGUCAUUAGCUUUGUUGUUAUCCUGAUAGUGGUGGUCAUCAUCCUGGUCAGCGUGGUCAGCCUGAGGUUCAAGUGCAACCACUCCAAGGACUCAGAAGACAAACAGAAACCAGGAACCUCCAUGGUAUCAGAGAGCUGCUCAGCAGACACGAGCCAGAAGGGGAACAGCAUCACUCUGAUCUCCAUGAAGAACAUCAACACCAAUAACAGCAUGAGCUACCCCCCAUCAGAAAAGGUGCUAUGAAGCCAAGAGCCCAGAGCUUGACGCUGACACGUGACAAUGAGGAGUGGCUUUCUAGGUUCUUUUAUUUUUGGCUUCGGGGAAAGAGCAAGUGUGGAUUUUAUAUAUAAAUUAUUAUGUCCUUUCUGAUCAAUACAUUUACAGUAGUGUCCUACAUAGCUUCCCCACCUGGGGCCUAAGGGCUUUCUCCAGUUACAGCCUGCCAUGCUCGGUGGUUAUUAUUUAACUCUAUAGAGUUAUAUAUGCCUUCAAACACUCCAGUAAUUCCAGCAGCAAGAAGCACCAAGGCACCAUCUACUCCRCUAAUAAAACGCUGCCUUAGAUUAAUGGCCUUUAUAGUGUGUGCCAGGCAGUCACGGGCUCGUUAAUCAGCGUAGCCCCACGUCGAGCCAGACCCGUGCAUUGGGAAAGCUUGAUCUGAAGCUGAAGGCAUGAUGGGACUUAAAUGCCCGAGUUGURGGUCAAAUCCCAGCACGACUGCUCCGAGCCCCUUAUCCCCAGCACCCUCAUUGUCCCCACAACAGUGGGGAUGGUCAUAUCCACCUACCUCACAGGGUUGUUGUGAGGCCUUGUUAAUCCAUGUCUGCAAAGCAUUCAGAGAGCCAUGAAUUAAAGGUGCUGCUGAAAUGCAAAUUACCAUCUUAAGCACUUUAUUAUUA